GGAGGUUUGAUGUUGCAAUGCAUUGUAACUCUUCUGCUCUCCGGCGUUGCGUGAUUGCGCCUGCAGUUGCAGUUGCGCUGCUUGCCAUAUCCUGUGUUGCAGGAUAUUGGCUCAGCAUUUGUGAAGAAAUGGACUGGGAACAGCUUGACAUGAACCCCAGAGUUAUUGCAGCAAUUAAGAAAGCAAAAAUCAAAUCUAUCCAAGAGAUUAUGAACCUUUCAGGAGCAGAUUUGCAAAGGCUGACAAAUCUGUCCCGUACGGAUGUACAGUAUCUGCUAAGGGCCAUUUCUGGUGCAUUAAGAAAAAACUCUGUACUUACAGCUCUUCAGCUAUUCCAGGACAGAAACCACAACACUUCCCAACACCAGAAGCUAAGCCUGGGCUGCCCGAUUCUGGACAGCUUGCUACAAGGCGGCAUUCCCCUUGCAGGAAUCACUGAAAUUGCUGGUGAAAGUUCUGCUGGGAAGACCCAGAUUGGUUUGCAGCUGAGCCUUUCUGUGCAGUAUCCGUACAAAUAUGGUGGACUGGAAUCUGGUGCUGUUUACAUUUGUACAGAGGACGUUUUCCCAAAUAAGCGCUUGCAACAACUGAUUGAGCAGCAGCCCAAAGCGAGGGGUGACAUUCCGCCCGAUGUGGUGCAGAAAAUAAAAUUUGGAAGUGGUAUUUUUGUUGAGCAUGCCGCAGACCUGGAGACUUUCCACGAGUGUAUCACUAAGAGAAUUAACUUGCUGGUCUCAAGGGGCAUGGUUCGCCUGGUCGUGAUCGAUUCCAUCGCUGCCUUAUUCAGAUGCGAGUUUGCCGCCAAGGAUUCCGUCCUGAAAGCCAAAUAUUUGCAGAUAUUUGGAGCAAAACUUCACAAGCUAAGCAGCAAGUUCCGAGUCCCAGUAGUAUGCAUUAAUCAGGUAACUGACACAAUGGAUGAGAAAGGAGGUGCUGCUCAGUGUAGUCCUGGAUGCACAACCAAGAGAGUAGUUCCGGCACUUGGAAUAACUUGGUCCAAUCAGCUGUUGAUGCGGCUGAUGACAAGCCGGAGAACAGACCAAUCACUGGCUGCCAAUGAUGCACCACACCAGGGCAGAAGUGCGCUGCGGACGUUAAGGGUGGUUUUUGCUCCUCACCUGCCCCCGUCUUUUUGCUACUAUGCAGUCAACUUGGAAGGUGUAAAAGGAAUAAAGGAGACACCACCAAAUUUAUGAAGACGACUGUGAAGCACUAAAUGUUGCUUCUUGUGUGCUGCAGAUUUAUUCAUGCUACGGUACAAUGGAAUUUAGCUGCUGUAGUAAAAUCGGCAGCGAACCAUGGUUGCCUCCAGACUGCAACCUUGGUUAAGCUGGGAAAUGUAAACAAAACUAGGGAGUAAUUUUUGGACAAGACCAGCCCAGUUUUAAAGCAACUGCAGAGUCAAGCAGCUAACAAAUAGCCUAAGUAUUAUCUGAAUCCUCUGGAGGGUUAACUCGUUAAAAUUUGUCAAGCCAAAAACUAACAAACAGCAGUCUGGAAUGAGUAAGUAUCUUAUAUUUAUUGGUCCUAGGGUAAGAAUAUCCUUUCUCUAGAAUCUCUCUGUGUGUAUGAAUAUUUACACUUGGUGUCAUCUGUUAAGGCUGAACAUAGGACCAAGACACCACUUUAAUCCAGUUUAUCUUUGGAGCCCCUUUGUAGGUUUCCUUGUAUAUUCAGAAGAAGUAUAAUGAGUUUAUUCUACAAAGCUUUGUCUUUUAUGCCCUUUUUUAAGAACAGGUUAUUUAAAAUUUGCUUUUAAAAGAUAAACAGGAAUAUUAACUGCUUUUGUAACACUCUUAACAUAAAAAGCCACAUUUGCA